UGGGAUUCUGACGAAACAUGCCCUCUGUCGACUGAAGUUUAACAACAAGUUCUGGGAGAGUCAUCAAUACCUUAUUCAUGUUGUAAUUCAACUGAAAUUGUUCGAAGCUCUUCGGCAAAGACUGGAGCACUAUACCCCUUUCUUUCAGCUUAAAGAAAAAGUUAAGAAUACAAGAGUUGCUCUCUUCAUCUGGAGCUCUUCCUUCAGAACUCAGAACCAGACAACAAUUGCUGACCUCACUCAGAAACUUGAAGAUUUAAAUGCAGAUAGAUCAGAUAUGAAUUGGGAGGAAUGGGGAUCUACUAAAAGUAAGCUGAAUAAAGCCCAUGCCCAAGAAGAAAUUUUCUGGCAACAAAAAGCCAAGCACAGAUGGUUAAAGGAAGGGGAUGCCAACACAAAAUUUUUUCAUGCCUUUACCCUGCAAAGAAGAAAACUCAAUGCUAUCACAAGGUUGAUCAAUAAUCAAGGCAAAGUUCUCUCCUCUCAGAAAGAUUUGGAAAAGCAUAUCUCUGAUUUUUACAGUGGCCUUUUCUCUUCUGAAGGAUGUUGGGGAGGAGACUCCAUCCUCCCUCUCAUUCCCAGAAGCAUCACCACAGAAAUGAACAAUGCUCUUCUCAGGCCAGUAGAGAAAGAAGAAGUUAAGAGCUGUCUUUUUAGCCUGAAUCCUGAUAAAUCCCCUGGGGAGGAUGGUAUGACAGCUGCCUUCUACCAGCAUUUCUGGUUGCUCAUUGAGGAUGAUAUUGUGAAGGCUGUCCUGAGCUUUUUCCAUUCAGGUAUGAUUCUAAAGUAUUGGAACCACACAGUUGUCUCCUUAAUUCCAAAAUGCCCCAACCCUAAAUUUCUGAGUCAAUUUAGACCCAUAAGUCUUUGUACUGUUAUUUACAAGAUCAUAUCUAAACUUCUUGCUUUGAGACUUAAGGCUUGCCUUCCAAACUGUGUAAGUGACUACCAAGCUGCAUUCUUGGAGGGAAGACAGUUAACUGAUAAUGUCAUAGUUGCACAAGAGGCCUUCCACUAUCUGAAUAGGCAUGUCUCUGGCCCAAAUUUUUUCAUGGCUCUGAAAUUGGAUCUCAUCAAAGCAUUUGAUCGAGUUGAAUGGUUAUGUCUUAAGAAAAUUAUGAUUCAAAUGGGGUUUGACCAUAGGUUUGUGAAGCUCAUUAUGCUGUGUGUUUCAACUGCUUCCUUUUCCUUCAAAGUAAAUGGAUCAGUGAAUGGAUAUGUAUCACCUUCCAGAGGCAUAAGGCAGAGGGACCUUUUGUCCCCCUAUCUCUUUAUCAUUGUUGCUGAAUUGCUCACUGCCAUUAUCCUUCACUCCAUCUCCUCUGGACUUCUGAAAGGUAUGAAAAUUUCAAGGAAUGGACCUCUCCUCUCUCAUCUGCUCUUUGCAGAUGACUCACUGUUAUUCUGCAAGGCUGGGGUGGAUCAAGCUGGAAUUAUUAUAAGCAUUCUUGAGCAGUACAGGCUGUUUACUGGCCAGACAGUAAACCUCAAUAAAUCUGCUAUUUUCUUCAGCAAGAAUACACCACAGUAUCUCCAAAACUCUAUCUACAGGUCCUUGAAUGGAAUCACUCCUCAUAAAUCAACCAGAUACCUCGGCCUACCCUUGGGUAUUGGCAAAUCGAAGAAAGAGGUUUUUGAUUACCUCCUUGCUUCUGUGAGAAAUAAACUAACCUCUUGGAAUUCUAAAUUACUGAGCUCUGCAGGAAAAGAGGUGCUCUUAAAAGCUGUAAUUCAAGCUCUGUCUGUUUUUACCAUGAGCUGUUUCAUCCUGCCUGUCUCCAUAUGCUCUGAAAUUGCCAGGUUAAGUGCCAAAUUCUGGUGGAAGUCAGGAACCAACCAAUCUACAGGUGUCCAUUGGAAGAAAUGGAACUCUAUCACUGUGCCUAAAGAUUGUGGGGGGAUGGCAUUCCAUGAUCUUCAGCUUUUUAACAAAGCACUUAUAUGUAAACAACUAUGGAGAAUUGCCUCUAAUCCAGAUCUUUUGCAGUACAGGUUGUUUACUGGUCAGACAGUAAACCUCAAUAAAUCUGCUAUUUUCUUCAGCAAGAAUACACCACAGCAUCUCCAAAACUCUAUAUGCAGGUCCCUGAAUGGAAUCACUUCUCAUAAAUCAACCAGAUACCUCGGCCUACCCUUGGGUAUUGGCAAAUCGAAGAAAGAGGUUUUUAAUACCUCCUUGCUGCU